CUACCACCGGAUUCCAUACAGCUUUCGAUUUUGCUGACUCAAAUUACUACUGAAAUUAGGUCUACCUAGUCUAGUAACUUAAUACCAGUUUCAAUGGCAGGAAUAACAGUCUCAUCAAAUCCACUUGUAUCAGUGCUAGUAACAAGCACUGCUAAUCCCUAUGGAGUUGAACGUCGCUUUGAGAGGGGGCUUACAAUAGCUGGUCUCAAAACAAAGCUGGAACUUGUCACUGGUGCUUUCUCUCAGACAAUGAAAUUAACUGCCUUCACUGCGGAGAACAAAUUAGUCUGUGCACUUGAUAAUGAUGAUGCUUUGCUCGGUUCUUAUCCUAUUGAUGAUGGUAUGAUAUUACAUGCAGAGGAUUCAAAUCUCAAACCAGAUGAAUACUCCGACACAUCAAAAGUAGAGAAAUUUGAGAUAUCCGAUGAAGAAUACAAAAAGCGGCAAGAUACUGUUAGAGCUUUUAAAGAAAAAAACAAAUUAGGUCGGUUUAAUGAAGAAGAGAUGAAAAAGAAAGAAGAAGAGCUUAAAAUAAAAGAAGCAGCAGAGGAAGAGAAGGCUAAGUCUAUUAAAAUAGAUGAUCGUUGUGAAGUUCGGGUGCCAGGUCAGCCAGCAAGACGUGGAGCUGUUAAAUAUGUCGGAACCACAGAUUUUAAGCCUGGUUAUUGGGUUGGGGUUCAGUAUGAUGAGCCUCAUGGUAAAAAUAAUGGAACUGUUGAGGGGAGGAAAUAUUUUGAAUGCCCAGACAAGUAUGGAGGCUUUGUCCGCCCGACUCAUGUUGAAGUUGGGGAUUUUCCUGAAGAAGGACUAAACUUUGAUGAAGAUGAAAUGUGAGAGCAGUCAUCAAAUCAAAUGUGAUGAACAUUCAAUGUGGACUUUUUAUAUAUUUAUUAAUGACUGUGUUUAAUGUAUGCUUAAGUGUGAUGACGAUGGUCACUGAAUAUGUAUGAAAACCUAAUUUAUUUGUUUAUGAUAAAUAUAGUAAUUUAAAACUUUACAUAUAAUCACCAGUAUAAUUAGGAGCUACAUAAAGUUUCACAUAAGCAGUUUGAGGCUUUUAUAAGGAAAAAAUCCCAUGCUAUUUUUGUGUGGCUGAUAAAAGAAAGCAGUAUGAAAAGUUUUAUCCAAAUCAAGAUGAACUUAUUUUUCCUCACAGUUUAAUCAUAUUUCUGCCUCAUCGUAAACAUUUACUUCAAUCUACUUAAUUUUUUUUAUGUGUAUAAGUGCUUAGAAUUAUAUUAUUGUUUAUAAAAAGUCCAUAUUAGUAUUAAACAAUUUUCUAUUUGGUUUAAAAAGUAAUGAUUUUGUUUGAAAAAUUGAUUCAUUUUUGUGGCUGCUAAUUGCUGUUUGUUAUAUGAAUAUUUAUUACUAUUAGUUACCUGUUUUGUCAGUGUAAAAAGAAACUACUCUGUUAUUUAAAAGCUUUUGCAUAACUGUUGAUGUUAAUUGUAGCUUAUAAGUAUUUUUUAAACCUAAUUGAAGAUAAUUUGGUUAUCACUUGCUACAUUUCCACUCAGUCAGCUUCAUGAAGUUAAAUCACAUUAAGAUUACACUUCAUAUGGUUUCAGUUGUUUGUUUAUUGUUUGUUUUCUCUUAUACUUUCUUUGUUAAAUGUUCAAUUCGUUGUUAUUGUUUUUUUUUUGUAAUAUUGAAAAUAAAAUUAAAAGAAAAACACUUUCUUUUAAA